UUUCUUGAGGAAGAACUAUAUUUACACGCUUCAGAUCACAUCUGCUCACUCUCAGAAUGAAGAAAUGUUGGAUAUUUGCUUUACUGUAUAUAAAUGUUUAUUUUAUGAAUGCGAUUCAAAUAGAUGGCAUUUUCCCGUUUGGAUUAUCAGAGGGGGAUUCAGUACUUCAAGAAGGUGAUGAUAAAGUAUCUGAAGCCUUGAAGCUAAAGAAGCCAUUACAGUUCUACGACACACAAUUCAACAUCCUUUAUGUCGCCACAAAUGGGUUCUUGUCCCUUCAGCCUCCUCCCGAUGAGAGCCAGUAUUUGAGAAACGUGUUUCCUCUGAGUUUCCCUGCCAUUGCACCUUUCCUGACAGAUAUUGAUUCAGGUGCUGUGUUUUACCGUGUGGAGGAAUCACUAUAUGUACUAAACAGGGCUUCUGAAAUGGUGCAGCGUGGUUUUUUUGGAUCUGCCUUUAAGCCCAGCCACACAGUCAUUGCUACAUGGGAUAAAGUUGCCUGUGGAGAAGAAGGGGUAACCAGUUUCCAGGUUGUGUUGGCUGGCAAUAAUUCAGAUACUUAUGCCUUGUUCUUGUAUCCUGAGGAUGGGCAUCAGAUCCUCAAAACUAAUAUGUCAGAAGGAAAUGCUAAAAUUCAAGCCGGUUUCACUAGAGGCAAUACAUCUACCACAGAAGAACUGUUCUACGACCUGUUUAGCUCUAAUGUGACCACAAAGAACCUCUAUAACACCGGGAACUCAGGUGUUAACGGACUGUGGAUUUUCCACAUUGGAACCAGCCGUUUCCCAUUCCAGAGGGUAGUUCCUGCUUUGGUCAUCAGGUCUAAUUCUAUGGAUUUGGGUAGUUUGUCCAGAACCAGAGAUGAAGACUUCUACAUUACAGUGGAAUCAAGCACGCCUGUAGAUAAACCUUCUUUUGAGGUCCAGAUGGACAUCCCAGCAUCACCUGGACAGCAAAUUUCAAAGCCAAACCAAGUGCCUUCUCACAUUAUUUUGAAUAAUGUGACCAAAAUGUGUGGCAUACACUUGAGACUCUGCUCCCUGGAUGGUUAUUGCACAGACUAUCCAACUGGUCCAUGCUGUCAUUGCCGUUCUGGUUACUAUGGUAACGGUAGACAAUGUUUACCCAUGGGUAUUUCUCAGCCUCUAAGCGGAGAGCUGGCUGGCCUAGUUUCUGUUGGGGGCACUAAAGUUCAGCUGGACAGCGUAAUUCUCCAUGGCUUUGCUGUGGUAGGAGAAGGUCGUGUGUACAUCUCCAUCAGUCCUGUCCCAGCUCAGGCCGGUUGGGCUCUGAUGGCCGUGAGUCCGUUGGUCUCCAUAUUUGGCUGGCUGUUUGCUCUUGAGCUCCAAAAUUAUAUGAAUGGCUUCAGUAUUACUGGUGCUGAGUUUUCUCUUCAGGCAGAGCUGGUAUUCAACGCAGAAGGCCAGCGUGUCACCAUUAUUCAAGAAGCUCAAGGUCUGGAUUCAUACAACCACUUGAAUUUCGAUAUUAAGAUCCAUGGAGAUCUACCCAGCAUUCCCAGUGGUGCUAAAGUUCAUAUUCUACCAUAUAAAGAGACCUAUCAAUACAACCAAACAGCUGUGACAUCAUCUUCACUACGAGAGUAUAUGGUGGUGUCAGAAAAUGGUGGAUCUGAGACAUUAUCCUACCUGCUACAUCAAAAUGUGAGUUUCCGUAGCUGUGAGCACAGCCCGUGGACUAUGCCGGAUUUUCUGCAGAUGAAUGUGGAGCAUUCGAUGGUCAUGUACACAGAAGAAGGAAACACCCUUAGAUAUGCCAUAAUCAACACAGUGGGUCCUUUAGGAGGUGAGCUCCCUGAGCUUGUGGAAUUGAACCCCUGUUCAUCUGGGAAGCACCACUGUGACCCAAUGGCCCUCUGUCUACCUGGCGAGGGCACCCAGUACCACUGUCAGUGUGCUAUGGGCUUCCAGGGAGAUGGACGCAACUGUUAUGAUGUAGAUGAGUGUGUAGAAGGGCUCAGCUCCUGUGGUCCUCAUUCCCAGUGUGUCAACAUGCCAGGUGGCCAUCACUGCCACUGUGAAUCAGGCUAUGAGUUUGACCUUGAUUGGCAUGAGUGUGUGGAUAUUGAUGAGUGUUUGCUGCAGCUCUGUCAUCCGUUUGCUUCCUGUUUCAACACCCAGGGUUCAUUUCACUGCCAGUGCUGGCCUGGAUAUAAGGGAGACGGCUUCCUCUGCCAACCACCACAGAAGCCCAAGCCCCCAUUAACUGUGUGUCAACAGCACAGAGACAGCCUGCGAGAGAGUCUAAUCAGCUACCGAGGCCUAGAGGCCUUCAUUCCUCAAUGUGAUGAGAAAGGGCAGUACAAACCGCUGCAGUGCUUGGGCACCACUGGUCACUGCUGGUGUGUGGACAGUAGAGGGCAGGAGAGAGUUGGCACAAGGACACUGCCUGGCACAGUGAACGAUAACUGUGAUCAACCAGCUGCCCUUGUUCCCCGUGCGGAGACUGUGUGUGAGCGCUGGAGACUUUCACUCAUGAGUCACUAUAAUGGUCAGCCAUCCUCUCAGGACUACAUGCCUCAGUGUGACGCUCAUGGGAAUUUCCUGCCUGUGCAGUGUUACGGUAACAGCAGUUUCUGCUGGUGUGUCGACCGCCAAGGCGUGGAAAUGAUUGGAACACGCUCCUAUGAUGAUGUACAGCCCUCCUGUAUUUCCGGUAAUGCUCCCCUAUUGGACAAAGCAUUGAUGCAUCCCGUCGUAAGCUCCUCCCCGUCAGGGCCCGCUAUCCUUUACGCUCAAGCGUCACAGAUUGGAGUCAUUCCUCUUGAUGACACAGAACCAGUUCAAGAAAAAUCCACUGUGUUAUUGGCCUUAAAGGACUCCAUUGUGAUUGGAAUUGACUACGACUGUCAGGAGAACAUGUUAUAUUGGACAGAUUUUGGAAGGCAUACCAUUAACAGAGUUGUGUUAGUGUUUGGGUCUGAGCCAGAAGCUAUUAUUCAGCAAGACUUGGGUCAGCCAGAGGGAAUUGCAGUGGACGCUGUGCACAGGAAGCUGUUUUGGGUAGACAGUGGGAAAGACAGAAUUGAGACAUCUGGCCUAGAUGGCAGGAACAGAAAAGUGCUGCUUGACUCUGAUUUAGUCAGUCCCAGAGCCAUCAUAGUUGAUGCUAAGAGUGGAACCCUAUACUGGACCGACUGGAACCGAGAUGCUCCUAAAAUAGAGAGCUCAUCACUGGAAGGACAUAGGAGGAAAGUACUGGUGCAAGAGGGUCUUGGGUUGCCAAAUGCCUUGACUUUGGACCCAGCCACAAAUCACCUAUGCUGGGCAGACGCAGGCACAAAGAAACUGGAGUGUAUAUCUCCUUAUGGCACUGGGAGGCAUGUGUUCAAGGAUGGUUUGUACUACCCAUUCAGCCUGGCUAUCUACAACAGACACUUUUUCUACACUGACUGGGAGAGAGAUGGCAUACUGGUGUUAGAUCAAAGCACUGGGACAAACACAGCUUAUCUCCCUAUUCAGCGGUCACACUUGUAUGGGAUUACAGUCAUCCAAUCACAGUGUCUAUAGAGACCUAUGGACGUGUCACUUAAAUUUUUGUUUUUUUGUAACAGAAAUGUCAAAUAAGUAAAUAAAGUAAUUAAACAAACCAAAUGACCAAAUGAUUUGC